UCUAUGUCUAUGAUCAUUAUCUUAACCUGUAAAAGACGUUAAGAUUAAAAAAUCAAAAUAAUGUACGUUUUUGGCGGUUCUUUAAAAUACUGAAUAGUUUAAGGUUCACAAUAGCUUUUAAGUAAAAUAAACAGGCCAUGGAACCUAUCAGUCCGGAAAACACUAUCCGAAAGUAUUGCAACAUCAGUUGUACAGAUGUGCCGUUAGAAUUGCUUGAUAAAUUUGCCGCAAGAGCCCAUUUUCGUAAAUUUGGUCAUAUCGUUAGAAUACAUUUAAGGCCAAAGAGUAGAUCUUGUCAGAUAGAAUAUACGAAUCAAGAAAGUGCACAACUAGCUAGUUUUGCAGGAAACGAAUACAAUGGAGAAGAAUUUAAUAUUGUUUGGGGCGCUGAACCUUUUGCAAAAAAGAAGCCACUCAGAAAAGACCCUGACCCUGAUUGGACACCUGAUGAUCCCGAAGUUAAAGCUGAACUGGAAGCAAUGGGUACACUUUAUCCCAAAAAAAAUACACCACGUAUUGUAAAAGGUAGAUCCUCUGAUUUACAAGAUAGUGAUCCUUCCAAGAAGGUUAAAAGAAAGUGGCAGACUGAUACUUCAUCAAAAGAUAAAGUCAGUAAAAGAGCAAGUGGAAAAAUAACUAGCACCAAAAAGCCUACUAAAAAGAAACUGACAACAGAACAUCUGGAGCUGUUAAAAAUUAUUAGAAUGCCUGCAUUUACCACUGAAGAAAAAUAUAAAGUAUUAGAUUCCAGAGAUAAACUCAUUCGACUACAUACAAAGAAACAAUCAGAUUUGUCCAAGGCAAAAGUUACAAUAGGGGUCUGCCCUGAUAUGUGUCCUGAGAAGGAAAGAUUGAUGAGGGAAGUUCAACAUCAGGUUGCAAUCUAUGAACAAGGGGCAAAUGGAAAAGGUAUGAAUCCAAAUCUAGCUGUGAAACAGUACUCUCGUAGUUCAGCUGAUCAAGAAGUCCCUUUACCACAUGAACUUCGACCUGUUCAUGUGUUACAACUGACCAUGAACUACCUAAUGCACAAAAUCAUGGAUUUGUGCGACUUAUCAGAUGUAAACAUAGGUGAGUGGUACCAUUUCUUGUGGGACAGAACACGUGGGAUUCGAAAGGACAUAACACAGCAAGAGUUGUGCUGUUUGGGAUCAGUUGAAUUAGUAGAACAGUGCGCUAGAUUUCAUAUUCAUUGUUCAGCUAGACUUGCAGGAGAAGAACCUUCCAUUUUUGAUCAAAAAAUUAAUACCGAAAACUUAACGAAAUGCUUGCAAAGCUUAAAGUAUAUGUACCACGAUUUGAACUUGAAGGGCAUCAGAUGUCCCCACGAACCUGAAUUUCGGGCCUAUAUCAUUCUUUUAAACCUAAACGACGGAAAUUUUAUGUGGGAGGUACAACAGCUUCAUUGGGAGAUACAAAAGUCACCAGAAGUAAAAUUUGCAAUCCAAGUAUAUUCUGCAAUAGACAAGAACAACUACGUACGAUUUUUCAAGCUUGUUAAGACUACCACGUACUUGAAUGCUUGUAUUCUGCUUCGAUAUUUCGUCCAAGUGAGGUUAAAAGCUUUAAAAACGAUAUUGAAGUCGUAUUCUCCUAGAGCCCCCUACACACAAUUUCCUCUGCAGGAAUUAAUGAAGAUUCUUGCAUUUGAAAACAUUCUGUCGGUUGUGGAAUUUGUCGAAUAUUAUGGAUUAAAAAUUAACGAAGAAACUACCCAUGUUAUCCUGGACAGGAAAUCCUUCUAUUCACCUGAAUUACCUUUCGCUCUAGAUCGUGCAGUUAAUGUUGUAGAAUCUAAACGACGUUGGACAGUCGGCGAGACAGUCUUUGGAGGAGCUCUACCUCAACCACUCUAUUCUGAUCACAUUCCUCAUAAUAGUUUCAAUGAAGAGGGCUUUUUAACCGAAUCGAAAGAACUGUUGGACGAAUUCAAGGAAGCUGAGUUGGAAACACAAGCAAGUGAAAAGAUCGAUACAACAGAAAAGCCGGCACCAGAAAUAAAAGAACGACCUAAAAAUGUUUUUGCAAAUGUCCCUAACCCGGAGGUGACUGAAAGAAAAAGCACAAAUAUUUUUGGUACAGUUUCUUAUCUGAAAGAACCCAGUACGAGUCAACCAACAGAUGCAUCAGUAAAACCUACCCAUAUGUUAGAAAAAGAACAGAGACCACAUGUCACAUCCGGAUUUCAGUCACAUCAGCCAUUUAAGUUUAGAAUUCCCAAGAAAUCAGGAGCAAGCGACAUUUUUGGACAACCAGCGGAUGUCGUAUCUUCUAAAAAGAGCAUUUUUGGAUCUCCAAUUGCGAAAACUGAACCUUUCUCGUUUAGUAGUUCUAAACUAGGCAGCGUUUUUGGCCAAAGUCAAACUUUUACGCCUACAACUUCCAACUUAUUUUCACAACCUCCCAGUUUCGGAUCAACGUCUGCAUCAGGGGGUUUCAAAUUUGACUUGAAAAUUCCAGAGAAAAAAGACAUAUCACCAUCAACGCCCUUAGCUUUAGAAGAUCAACCCAUGGAAGUUUUAGAAGCACAAAAACUAAAACUUCAACAACAACUGGAGGAGCAAAAAAGGAUUUUGGAAGAGAAAAAGCGGGAGGCUGAAGAGGCUUUGAAAAAAAAGAAAGCUGAACAGAAAUUAUUAGAAGAAAAACAAAAACAAAAGGAAGAGGAAGAAAAAAGACGCAGAGAAGAACUACUAAAACAAGAAUUGACAAAACUUGCAGAAAUGAAGAGAAAAGUUGAAGAAGAAAAGAGAUUAGAGGAGCAAAGAAAGAGAAAAGAGGAAGAAAAGAAACGCAGGGAAGAACAACUUAGAUUAGAAGAAAUAAAAAGAAAAGAGAAAGCUAAAAUGGAAGAAAUUGCCACAGCAGUUACACAAGUUAUGAAUGAUCUCAUUAAUCAAUUAGAAGAGAAUCUUAAAUGUGAAAGACUUCAAGAAAUAAAAGAAAACAUCAAGAAUUGGAAAUUAAAGCUGUUUGUGCACAAAUGGCGUUCCAAAAUUGAAUCCAAAAAGAGAAAACGAAAGAUAAUAGAAACUAGCCCUGUUUGGAUAAGUACCAGGUCUGCUGACAGGGAAGCCUCUCAACUUUUUACUGGCAUGCAAGAAUUAACUCUGCAAAACAUCAAGAGAUACAAAUUGGGAAAACCGAUUGAUCUGGAGCUACCCAAAAGACCUAAAAUCGAUAAAAUCGACUUCUACAAACUCUCACAAUCUCUUCUGAAUACAGUUAAGAACGAAACCAAACUGAGCAAAGAAAUAUUUUGGAAAGUUACAAUAUCACUUCCGGACUUCCGAGAAAUGAAACAUGGGCUGCCGGCUCUCGAAGAUAUUUUGACAGACUAUUUCGAAUGGAAGGAAGACAAAUACGGAACUACAGCUCUUAUAAAAAUGACAAAACUCCUCAGCUACAAAGUUACGUGCAGUAUAGAACGGAAGCAAGGUGUUAGGACUUUUGAGAACGACAGUAACGGGCUACUUUUCGUAGCAAAAAAUAUUAACAAUCUUCUUAUAUCACGAGUUAAAGAAAGCGUAAAAAACUUAAGAAAAAACGUUUCUGUACCUGUCUGUAUUCAGCUACUACAUGAACCAACAAAUAACGAAAUUGACCAACUCAGCGAUGUAUUGAAACAAGAAAGACAUAUUUGUAAUUACAUAAUUAUCAAAGACGCUUUCGAACCAGUUAGUUUUAUACAUUCGAUUGAAGAGAAUUUGUCCCUCUUGGCCAUGAGCACCAAACCACCUCCUAACUUGUUACUGAACACCUUAAGCAACUUCUUAAGAGAUAAUUUAUGCUCUGACUUGUGGAACUACGUGACUAGUUAUGGAAAGUGGAACCAUUUGUACAAGAAAUGCCUUCAAAGGCCAAACGUAGUGAUCAACUUAUUUAAUGAAGCAUUAGAAAGGCUCAAAAACAUAGUUAACAGUAGUGAUAUUAAAGAGUAUCCCGAUUUUCCGGAAGAAUUUCAGGAUUACUUGACCAGCAAGAUUCCCGAAAUACUUCCGUGUGAUUACAAAUAUUUUCCAAAAUUUUGGAAUAAAGACGAGUACAUACAUUUAGUUUCUAACGAAAUAAAAUCACUACAGUUACCAGAAUAUAAAGGCACGUGGCCCCCCGAAAACGAAUUGGAACUCGAAAAAGAUAUUUGUAAUUAUUGUUCAUUUGCUUUCCCCGAAAACGAAAAAAUUUUUUACAAAAUAAUGUCUGUGAUUCUUAAGGAGUUCGAUCCCAACGAGGACUUCGAAAAAAUCAGGAAAGUGUCAUGGGUAAACAUCAUAGAAACGAUAACCCUAGAAAAAAUUGAAAAGGCUGAUUUUUCUUUACGAAAAACCGAAUUUUAUUCGAAAUCGAUUUUUAAUCAAUUAAUACUUGUAUACGAUCCUGAAGAUGUAACCCGAUUUUCCCGAGACCCGUGGUUUUAUAUAACCAACCCCUUGGUAUCGUCUGAGAUGAAACAAAUUGGAAGACAAAUACAACAAAUUAAAUCUAAGAAAACAAUAAAAUUGAGAGAAAGAAUAAUCGACGAAGAAAAAAUCGAAAUUGAUUUGGAUCAGACAUUAAAGUCACUCUUACACAGAUCUGUAGAGGACGAAGAGAAUGUUAGGAAAAAUAAGGCAACUAUCAACAAUCUCGAAUUUUUACUUAAUGAUUUAGAAGAUAGUAUUAACAUCCAAAAGAAAAUCAGUGAAAGAUUUCAAAAUAUAGUUCAAUCAGUUCUUUUAGAUGUUUAAUUAAUUCUUGAUAUCAAAUAUGGAUAAAGUUUGUUGUUGUUUUUCAUUACAUACUAGCCAAUAAGUGACUCUCUGGCCUUAUUUUUAAUACAAUGUAUUGUUUUAAUACAAUUGCUGUUUUACCUACUUCAAUUAGAACAAUAAAGAGAUAACUUUCGAAAUUAAAUGAUUUGACAAUAUUUUAUAAUAAUAUAAAGUGAAUAUGUAUGUAUUAAAACAACUAUUCAAAUAACUGUCCCUUUUAUAAAGAAAGUUUAAUUAGAGACAGUCACAAAUUUAGCUAGUUUCAUACCUAUAGGAGAGGUCAUUGCCCUUAACCCCUCCCUUGUA